AUGCCUCCCAGAGCAUACGGGCGAAACCGAAACGGUGUAAAAGCUCGCAAGAAUGGAGCUGCAGAAUCUUCCGGAUCCGGCUCUGGUGCCGGGAAAGGUAAGUCGAUUCCGGGUACUCCAUCCACGAUGUUGAUGCAAAUACUAGAUGAGCUUGAUUUGACUUUUGAUUCGUCACUUGGACAGCUCCAAGGUGACUCCAUAAUCAACGCACCGAGCGACUCGGUGCUCUCUUCUAUACAGCGCACCUUGGAAAAGUUGAUUGCACGGUUGGAUAUUACAAUCGCAAGCGAUUCCGAUGUUCUCAGUGCGAUAGACGAGCUUUCGGAGCCCAAAUCAAAGACAAAGGCGCCGCCAUCGCCGCCACAAGUGUCCAGAGGUCUCCCUGGUCGAAGGGGCCGCCAAAGGUCGCGUAGUAAGGCGAUUUCCGCUGAAGAUGAGAAGAAUAGGUCCGAUUCGGAGGCUGAAACUAAAGAGUCAGUUGAUAAAGCCGUGCAUUCUGCUUCUGAGGAUGAAGAUUCAAGACCACCCAAACGGAGAAAACGCGGCGAGACUGUUGAGGCUGAAAGUCCCUCAGAACCAAAAUCUGAAACGGAACUGGCUGAUGUGAAGGCUGAGGAAGACGAAGAUGGGGAAGAAGACGAUGAAGACGUUGAAAACCCUGGAGAAGACGAUGAUAAUGACAAUGACGAAAGCGUUGCAGAUGCUGAGAAUAACGACUCGGUUGUGUCUGAAGCAGAUGCUGUACCAAAGGAUGAGGCCAGGACCGAGGUAGCAGAUAAUUUCAAGAAAGAGGUCAAUGUAGCAGAGGUACUUCCUGACGCCAUUUCCGUUCUUGGUCUUUACGUCGAAGAAGAACCUGAAGACCCGGAGCUUGUGGAUGAUGAGUUCAAGAAGCGCAAGUAUGGUGUGGCUGUGUUUCCUCAUCGCGAUUUGAAGGAUAUGUUGCCUGGUCAGAUCCCCGAUAUCGACUUCUCCAAAAACAAACCGCCCAAUCAGAUUCCAUUCACGACAUUUCAGUCCUACAUUGAGCCCUAUUUCAGGCCGUACACGGAUGAGGAUAUCAAGCUUCUUAAGACGAGAGUCAAUUUACCAUCUACUCUGCCGAAAGACUACGACGACAGGCUAACCCCAUUCAUUAUCCCGAAGAUGGGGCCUUUCUAUGGUGAUGUUUGGGCAGAAGAGGACUCAGCUAAUUCCGGAACGGGGGUACCCAAACCUGCAGGUGGGGCUACUGCGCAGGCCAUGGCUCUUCAAAAUGAGCAUUCGCGCAACUUAGUCGCUCCAAAAGGAUCAGCCCAAGAUCUUACAGAUGAGACAUUGGAAACAGAAGACAUAUCCUGUGGUCCUCUAGCAUCACGUCUUCUUUCAGCCAUUCUGCAGGAAGAGGACUUAAACGAUGAUAUCAAGAGCGAUCCAGAUGACGAGGACCAAGGCGAAGACAGCCCCGGAUGGAAAAGCACUGCAUCUGCACCGGAUUACAGCUCGUUGGAGCAGAGACUAAAGAGAGAACUCAAGUAUAUCGGAGUAUAUAUGAAUGUGGAACAGACUCUGAGAGCAAAGAAUGGUGCUGAGAAUGGCUCUUUGAAAAAGAACGGCGAAUUCCAGGAGGAUUGGCUGAAUGGGCGUGAAGACGAUGAGAUUUGUGUGGAACUUCGCAAGCUGCAGCGAGAAUUGAAGACUGUAACCAAACGGAACCAAAAACGUAAGGAAAGUCUUAUUCCCAUUGUUGAGGAGCAAAUUGCUUGGCAGGAGUACAUGUCGAUUCUGGAGGAUUUGGACAAACAGGUUGAGCAAGCAUACCGUAGGCGCAUCACUGUGCCGUUGAAAAAGGCCAAGAAGAGAGGUCCAGGAGCGAUUGCACAUGUUGCGAUGACUCGCCAAUCGGAAGCGUUGAGCGCUCAGCAGCAGGCUGCUAACAGUGGUUUCCGGGCUCUGCUGGACAAACGAGCCAAGUGGAUCGAGAAGAUUGGACCGUUAUUCAGGGAACAGCAGGAUAUGAGGCGGAUGCCAACUGAGUCUGUGUUUGGCGGAGUGGAUCUUUCUGGUGAAAACGACGACGACGAUCUAGAGGAGAAUGGUGCUGACGAAACCAUCAUGGGGAAUGGGACAGGAAAUGGGGGAGUGAAUGACGAAGCGAUACCUGAGUUACAAUGA